AUGGAACGUUGGCUUAAAGGCGUUAAACGUGUUGCAACAACAUCUUCUAACGAAGCCGAAUGUUCAAAAGUAGUUCGCGCGGAGUAUACAGCAAUUACCGAUCCAGACGAUUAUGCAACGACGUCAAGUUCCACGGUUUCAAAGGCGAAAAAAAGGAAGUAUGAUGAAUCAUAUAUCAGUUUCGGAUUUGUUGAUUCCAAAGGCUCACCUCUCUGCAUGUUAUGUAGUAAACUGCUUCCUAAUAGUUCCAUGGCACCUGCCAAGUUGGGCCGACAUUUAGAAACUGUACACCCUGAGUCUAAAGACAAGAAUAAAGACUUUGUACGUAAAAAAGAACAGUUAUUGGAAAGUCAAAAAACUAUGAUGCAUGUAACCCAAACUAUCAAUGAAAAGGCCACAGAGACAUCAUAUUUAGUUAGCUAUCGCAUUGCACAAGCAGUAUCAAAUUUGGUUAAACCUGAGAAAGUUUUGAAAAUUCCACGACAAUACCAGUGGUCUAAAGAAGAAAACAUCUCAGAGGAAGCAGAAAUAUUUGAUGAUUGGUCAAAGGAUAAUGAUCUUAAUACUGAUACAGAAAAUACUCCCAUAGACUGGUUCAUGAAAUUGUUUGAUGAAGACAUUUUUGAUUUACUGGUUACACGAGGUGAAGAUAGAAUCCCAGAUUCUAAUGAAGCUCAAGCAGAACUUCCUAUAGUGAGUGAUGAUGUGCCAGUGUUACGUGACAGCGUUACAAUGGAAAUCCCAGUGAAUCCAAAUUUGAAAAAUGAGCCUAUUCAAUUAGAACCGAAGAAGCCCAUUCCAAGUUCAUCACAAGAAGAAACAAACACAUCUAUACCGAGUGAUGAAACAUCCAAUGAUUGCAAUAUUAGAACGCGCUCUGAAAGACUAGUAAAAGCUCCCAUUAAGCUUGAUCUCUAA